UGAGCCAGGUGUUAUGAAUACUUUGAGUUAAUGUCACAGCUGACAAAUCAAAAAUACACUAGACUCUGUUGUUGUUCUUCUUACCGGAAGUCUUUGUGUUUUGCAUUUCCUCCACCUUCACCAUCUGCACCGUGCCGUACACAGAUGUAGGUGGAGCAAAGGAGGCGACAGUACAGCCCUGUCAAGAAGUUUUUGGAGAGUCCCCGCAGUUCGCCUUCUUCUUCAGAGUUUAAUAUCGGAGAAAAACAAAGGUUAGAGACUCGGAGAGGUGUACACAGAGGAGCGUGAGUCGGACCCGGACGCAGCUAUGGACGGUGUGUAUGGAUGGGGUCUGCCCCCACUCAACCCAGUCCAAUCAGGGAACGCCUUCAUAGAGAUCAUCGAGCAGCCCAAGGCGAGGGGGAUGAGGUUCAGGUACAAGUGUGAGGGGCGUUCAGCGGGCAGCAUCCCCGGAGAGAAGAGCAACGACACCACCAAGACACACCCAGCCAUCAAGGUGCACAACUACAGCGGCCCCCUGCGUAUUCGUAUCUCCUUGGUGACGAAGAACCCACCACACAAGCCCCACCCCCACGAGCUGGUCGGGAAAGACUGCAAACACGGAUACUACGAGGCCGACCUGCAGGAGAGAAGAAUACACAGUUUUCAGAACCUGGGCAUACAGUGUGUGAAGAAGAAGGAUGUGAAUGAGGCCAUCGUUUGUCGGCUGCAGACCAAUAAUAACCCCUUCAACAUUCCUGAAGCGAAGGUGUGGGAGGAGGAGUUUGACCUGAAUUCAGUUCGGCUUUGCUUCCAGGCCUCCAUCUCUCUGUCCACAGGGGACUUCAUUCCUCUGCAGCCUGUGGUAUCGCAGCCCAUUUAUGACAACAGGGCCCCAAACACGGCCGAGCUGAAGAUCUGCAGAGUCAACCGCAACUCUGGAAGCUGCAAAGGGGGCGAUGAAAUCUUUCUGCUGUGCGACAAAGUGCAAAAAGAGGACAUCGAGGUGCGUUUCUUCCAGGACUCCUGGGAGGGGAAGGGAACUUUCUCCCAGGCUGACGUGCACAGGCAGGUGGCCAUUGUCUUCCGCACACCUCCGUAUCGCGACACCAAUCUCUCCGAGCCCAUUCGAGUAAAGAUGCAGCUCCGCCGGCCCUCCGACCGCGAGGUCAGCGAGCCCAUGGACUUCCAGUAUCUGCCUUCUGACCCAGAUGAAUACAGGCUGAGUGAGAAGAGGAAGCGUACAGGCGACAUGUUCCAGAGCCUGAAGCUGGGGCCCAUGCUGUCCACUGUGUCCAUUCCUCAAGACAGACGCCACAUAAGCCCGGCGAGGAGAACGGUCACGGCCAAGCCUCCAUCAAUGAGCGCACAAGCCGUCCCCCCAGUAGCUGUGGUGCCCCCUAGUGCCGGAGCAGCCAAACUCCAGCCCUCCUACCCCUACAAUCAGCCAGGCCAGCUCUUCUCCGUCCAGCCCAAAGUGGAGUCCUCCCCCUCCAUCUCUGCCACGAGCCAAGCAUGGAGGAUCAUGGAGAGCCUGAGCCUGGGCACCCAGCCCAAAGCCACCCCAGUGCCCAACUUCACAACGAGCCAGCCACAGGCCCCCACCUCUUCUGCGACUACAUCCACCGCCAACCAGGAAUUCUCAACCGUCAACAUGUCAGACCUUCACAAGUACUUCCCCAUCAUGUCCUCGGCGAUCGCUCAGGAGCAGGCCGCCCCUCACGGUAGCGUGACAGCCUCGCAGGCGGGCGGCUCCUUCACCCUGCAGGGCUCUCAGUUCCCGGUGGAUUCCCCGCUCUUGGACGACGAUGUCUCAGGGUUCCCGAGCUUUGAUGAAACCCAGGCCCGAGGCACUCUGGACAGCCUCAACAUGGAUGACUUUGAGGACCUUCUGAACCCUUCUCUCAUAGGCGACAGUGGAAACAACAUGGUUUUAUCUUCAUGCCAACAAGCUGUCCCUCCCUCUGCCACUGCACAGAACGGUGCAGCCGCAUCCCAGAACUCCUUUGACCCGACGAGCAACCCGGGGAGCACCUGGAUGAAUUACCCCAACAGCAUCGUCAACUUGCUCCAGAACGAGGUAAUGAUCGACCUCCCACCCGCCAACAACAACCACAGACCACCCGUCCUGGACGAGUUUGACGAGCUGAUGUCGGCUGAUGAGGAUCGUCUCAUUUCCAUCUUUAACAGCGGGAGCCAAGCCAGGUUUGCCUCAGGACACCCGACUUAAAGUUGGUCUGAGCGACUUCAAGACGGACAAAUUUACAAGAACCACUUGUAUCUGACUCUUUUAGCUUUCAGAAGUAAACUCCUUUAUAGUCAAUAAAGGAACCAAGGUGGAUAUGGAGUCCUGGAACGGACAGGAAGCAGGGACAAUGCGAACUGUGGAGGUUAAAAUACUGGCAAAGACUCUUUGUGGUAUUCAACAAAUUUGCCAGGCAUUAUAUAAAACAAAUGACAAACCACAGGACUAAACAUCAGAUUGAAUUUUCUUUGCUAAGCUUGUGUUUAGCAUCAAUCAUGAACUAUUUUAACCACUGUGUCAUCGGAUGUGUUCUGCCUACAAAGGCUUGUUUUAUAACGACAAUCGAAUCAGGAUCCUGUUCAAGAAAGCAAGAUUAGUCAACGUUCAGUAUGUUAACUCUGAGUUCAUGUAGACCUAUUCUGCUGAUCCCCAUUUUAAAACUCACAUGUAAUGUUACAAUGCAAACGAUACCCAGACUAAACGUGGGCAAGGUUUCCCAGGAUAAGUCUGCAGAGGGCGCUAAAUGGCUUGUUCUGCAAUAUUUUUCGCGAUAUUUCCCCCAAUAUGAAACAAAGAAUUUCCCCAGCCGGCUUCAAGCCACUACACAAAGCUGUUGAAACCUUACAUAGACUCUCUUCUCCCAGCACUGGAGAGCAGCCGUCCUCCGGCAGCCCCCCAGCAUUCUGCCUCCAAUCGGAAGAAAGUGGGCACAUGGGGAGGAGGGCCUUAAAGAGACAGCAGCUGAAAAAAACCCAGAGGUUGAAAUUAGGUGUUUUUGUAGACGCCAGUAUCAGAUCAAUAAGGGGUUUGUUGUGCUACAAAUUAUGCAAAGCUCCUCUAGAGGUUUCACACUGACUACAGGAAAGCUAAACAUUAGGAGAAUAUAGGAUCUUUUAAGAGUGGUGUUACCUAGUAGGAAUACAUUUCUUCUAGUACCUAGGAAGCUGAAUUAUAACCUAUUUAGUUAGUAAUGGUGGCUACGCUACCCCCCCCCCCUUUUCCCACAACACUGUAAAACAUUACACAUCACAUUUCACAGUAAUGUUAGCGAGGAAGUGGUUGAUGCUAACAAUGCUAAUGGUAGCAUUUAUACAUCCUUAAACCAGUACAGCAGUAGCUAAUGUGUGACCUAAAAUGUUUGUAAAAAAUAAGGCUCUUAAUCAAUAUUUUUAUGCAGCUUUUUUAAACACACAUUGAAGUCCUUAUGUUUUAAAAAAACGUCUUUUCAGCAGCAGCACAAUCAUCCCUACAACAUUAUUAAAGCAUAUAUAGACCAAAAGGAGACAGACAGAGGAUGGGAAACUGUUCAAUGUUUCUUAAAAUGUAAACGUCCAUUUCCCUCCACACAGGGUCGACAGAUUCACUGUUGUUUUUCCUGAAUCGAGGCCCGUAUGCAUCGCUGAAGUCUCUCUAAAUGUUUUCCUGUUGGAGUUAUUUUCUGUGCAUCAUGUGUAAGCACGUUAUUGUACUCUGAUUUUUAAAUUGUUUGCUGGCUCAGGUCAGUGUUAAAGUGGUCAUCACAAGUCUUUAAGUGGAAUGUGUUGCUGUAGACGGCCUCUUCUCAGAAAGCAUUUAAUCAGCUCAGAGGUUAAUCUAUGCAUCAUCCUCUUCCUUAUAUGAUUUCAGAAACGUAUAGUGUUUCUGACGGUCGGCGGUAACUGGAACUUGAGCAUGUCCAGUAUAUAUUGGACGGCAGAUCGGGGUUAUCAAGGAUGAAUCUGUUUCUUUUGAAGGUGCCUUAGUUGAGUGUCAGUAUGAUGUGGUAAUGUUUAAAGAACCAAAUGAAGGUAAACAUGUAAAUAAUAAACAAACAAGCAACAUUAAUAAGUAAAUGCUCAUAGCAGAGAAGAGGUUCAUGGAGCUGUAUCAUUUUUUUUUUUUUGUGUGUCUGGCGACGUAAUGUUCUCUAAUGAGUUGUUGGCUGCCGUUAAAACUCAAACGUCUCAGCCUCGUUAAACAACUUGCUAAACUCUGUAGUAAACAGACACUUCAUCACAAUGAUUUUGUAUAAUGAUUUCUUGUAAACAGUGCUAUGUCCCUUUUAAUGCCACGAUGUAUGGUUUUUACAGUCCUGCAACACUUUGUCUCGCAAUUAAAAAAAAAAACACAACACAUUAA